AUAAAAUGAGGUCCAAUGCGCCCUCGUCUAGCCAGGAAGAUACAUCGUUGUAUGUCAGGAGGAGCUGGUCAUCUGUCGAUCUCCUAGGUUGAAAACCAAACUGCUCAUUGGUUAGAAUGUUGUUAUCAGUAAGGAAAACGUAAAGGGCGCGGGAGAUGAGUUUUUCUAAGCACUUACAAGGAACGGAGGUCAAGCUAAUUGGCCUAUAAUUCAGCGCGUCAUAUCUCAAGCCCUUCUUAAAGCUGGGGAUGACUACGGAUUUCUUCCAUUGUGCUGACAGAAGCCUCUCGUUCAUGGACCGGCAGAAGAUGACGUGAAAGGGGUAAGCAAGAUGAGUUGCACAUGACUUCAGUAGCAUGGGGUGAAGGUGAUCUGGACCCAUCGCAGAGUUUCAUUUCAUUUCAUUCCAUUUAUUCCUUUUUCACCAAUGGGCGUUACCCCAAUGACAGAUGAAGUCAGCAAAUAAAACACUGAUACCAUCAGUUACCGUCAAGGUUGAGCAGUACCUGUUCUACGUCUCAGGUGGUCAGGUCCAAGUGACCAAAAGCUGCUCCGGAUACCUGGCAUUCGGCAGGGUUGUUUGGAACCUCGCUGUCUCGGUGACAUACACCAGCAAACGAAGAUGAAAAACACUCGCCAUUUCCGUCGGAUCAUCUGUCAGACCUCCUGAUCGAAGUCUCAGGGGACCUACUGUCGAGCGAAAUAUCUUCUUGUUGCGGAUAUACGCGUGGAAAAGCUUUGGAUUUUCUUUCAUCUUUGUAAGUAUCGACCUUUCGUACGCGACCUAGUGUGAACGCGGUGCAAAGGUACGAUACUCCUGGUUAACUUGGGAAAAUUGGUGAGCGAUGUCCGGCAAAUCGCAGACCUAUAACGUCCGUGAGUGUGUAUAUCCCGUUUGUACCUGUCCCAUGCCACCUAAAACCUACAACCUAACCCACAGCGCCUCCCCUUGGUAAGAAGAAAAAAAAAACAAGUGUGACGCCUGCUUUACUACUUUCAACCUAAAACUAACAGAACUAUUUUUUAAUAUCACUAUGUAAUUGCCCUAAUUGACCGAGGUAUAUGUGAAAUUUGUGCAAAUAUCUGAAGGACUGUGUUCUAUUCAUUCUUCAACUAUGGCUGAUGAUCUGGAUGUUCAUGAGCUGCUGGAGGCGCCAUACACAAAAAAGGACUCUGUCGACAAGGGCUACGAGAAUGGCACCAAGAGCUCCGAGAAGUCCAAGAGCAGCAGCAGCAGGCAUCGGAGCCGCUCGCGCAGCAAGAGCCGCGACCGGCGCCGCCGCAGCAAGGACCGUGACCGCGAGAAGGACCGCGACAGUCGCCGGCGCCGCUCGCGCUCGCGCUCGCGGAGUCGCGAUCGCAGCCGUCGCCACCGGUCGCGGUCGCGCGACCGGCGCCGCUCGCGGAGCCGGAGUCGGGACCGCGGUGGCCGCGGCUACGGCCGGUGGCGGGGCCGCUCGCCGCGGCACGGCGCCAGUGGAAGGAGCAAGCGCAUGGACAUGACGCCGGAGGAGCGCGACGCGCGCACCGUGCUCUGCAUGCAGGUGUCGCAGCGGCUCAAGACAAAAGACGUCGAGGAGUUCUUCUCCUCAGUCGGAAAGGUGACUGACGUGCGCAUGAUCAUGUGCAACAAGACCCGCCGCUUCAAGGGCAUCGUGUACGUCGAGUUUAAGGACGUGGAGUCGGUGCCACUGGCGCUGGGACUGACGGGCCAGAAGCUGCUCGGUAUUCCCAUCAUGGUACAGCCUUCGCAGGCUGAGAAGAACCGGGCGGCAGCGGCCGCCGCACAGGCCGGCAACACCGCGCGGCCCAACGCCAGCGGCUCGAUGCGCCUCUACGUGGGCUCGCUGCACUUCAACAUCACCGAGGAGAUGCUGAAGGGCAUCUUCGAGCCGUUCGGCAAGAUCGACGACAUCCAGCUGAUCAUGGACUCGCAGACGGGCCGGUCGCGCGGAUACGGCUUCCUCACGUUCCAUAACGCCGAGGACGCUAAGCGCGCGCUGGAGAAGCUGAACGGUUUCGAGCUGGCCGGCCGGCCGAUGAAGGUGGGCCACGUCACGGAGCGCUCCGAGGUGGCGGCCGGUGGACCGAACCUGCUCGACUCGGACGAAAUGGACCGGUCGGGCGUGGACCUGGGCGCGACCGGCCGCCUACAGCUGAUGGCCAAACUGGCUGAAGGUACCGGUAUGCAGAUCCCGACCGCUGCCGCGAACGCGCUCAACUCUAACCAGAUGGGCGGCAUCUCUGCCCAGUCCAAUAUCGCGCCGCCCAUCGCCACCCAGUGCUUCAUGCUCUCCAACAUGUUCGACACUGCCGCUGUGGCACAGAACCCCAACUUCGACGCCGAGAUCCGCGACGACGUCGUGGAGGAGUGUAACAAGCACGGCGGCGUGACGCACGUCUAUGUGGAUAAGCAGUCGCCGCAGGGCAACGUGUACGUCAAGUGUCCAAGCAUCGCGUCGGCGGCCGCCUCCGUCAACUCUCUGCACGGACGAUGGUUUGCUGGCAAGGUGAUCACUGCCGCCUACGUACCUCUCAUCAACUACCACAGCCUGUUCCCCGACGCCAUGGCGGCACAGACUCUGCUGCUGCCGCUGCGCGCACAGCGACUCUAGCCGGCCGCCAGUCCACCGGUCAGCUCACUGUCCAGAGGGCUGGCCAGUUUCACUUCAUCUUCGAUCGUCCGCUGGGACGCUCUGCGGCCGGUGCGGUCGAGUCUGAUCUGUCCUGACUAAACCUGACCGACGUUUGGCCGGGAGGGAGCGGCCCGGCUGGUGAGCGGGCCAGCAGCUGUCUCAGGGCCGGGCCGGGCCGGGAGCGGCGGCGGCAGCACAGGUGGGUGUGGAGACUGAGAGAGGGUGUUCACAGCUAGAGUCGACUCACCACGAGUGGUGCUGCUCGCUCCGCUUCAUCGAGCCGUCAGCUGCGUCGGUCUCUUUAACCGCCUCUCGGUGCUGAUCAGGAAUCUGUGUGAGCAGUUGACGGCUGCUGACGAACAUGGUCGGAGAAUGGGGAGCUGAGGAGACCGCCUACACUCUGCCGCGCCCGGCGGCGGGGGAGGAUGGUCCCCCAGCUGGAGUGAGACUGUCCUGGGAUCGCCAGUGUGGGGUGGGAGGCUGUGUGAAGCCGGGUUCGCACACGAGGUGUAUAUUUUACCAGCUGGUACACAUGACACAUAAGCACAUUUCGGUGACCCGAGGCCAGGUCGGGUGCGAUUUUGGACUGUCCGUGAGGGGGCCGUGCACAUAGGGACCCGGGUCGGCGCAGCGGUCCAACAAAAGGCAGUCAAACCGGAUGAUCAAUUGUGUGUGUGCGUGUGCGUGUGCACGCGCGCGUGUGCGUGUGUGUGUUGUAAGGAGGUAGUAUUCAUUCUGUCAUCUUGCAUGGUAUCAAUAAAUCGACAAAGCCACCGCGAAUGUUUUCAAGCUAGCCGUUUGGUAGCAUCCACACUUUUAGUAGAACUCUGUCCGCUUCAACGCUAUCGGUGGCUAUAGGUUAAGAAGUUGUGUUAGCUGAAAUAGAAACUGUCAAAAAUCAUGAUUGAAAAUUUACAACAACAAAAAAACGUGGGCCUUGUGCGCAAGCACAUUUGUGAACAUUUGUGAUGUAGAUAUACACUGUUCGAAUACAAAAUGACAUUUCAA